AUGGGGCUGUGCAGAAACUUUGCCGAACUUAAUUUUGAUCCUGAACAGGAUUUUGGUUUGAAGUCAGCCAAAGUGAGUUUGCACAUACUAGUGAUGUUUGUACUGGAGCUGACCGUUAGUACGAGGACCAUGAAGAUGACAGAACAUCCAUUAAGGGAAGUAGUGGUGAUGAUUCAGUACUGCUUGAUAGUGAUUAUGAAGAAGGUGUUGACGGUGAUGAUGAGACAGAACGUAAAUAAAUUCGUACAGGAAAGCAUUCUUCACUUGAUGGAAAUGAAGCAGAAAAUAGGAUGUUCCAUGAAUCAUUUUGAAGAGCUCCUAAAAUGGGGUAGAGACUUGCAUAAAAGUGGAAACAUCAAUGCUGCAAUUCACUGGCCAAAAAAGUGGGAUGAGGUGCAAUCAUUGCUUAAGGAACUGGGCAUUUCUGAGCCAAACCAUCUUUGGAUUUGUUUUAGCAAAGACCUUCCUUGUCAUCAU